GAUGGACGUAACUCGCAAGUUCAGGAGUCCGUUCGGAACGCGGCCAUGGAUGAGGGAUACCGGAGCGGCUGCAGCGGCUCCAGGGAACAGCGGGAUUAAAGGAAUCGUGGCCGGAGGAAUAACUGGAGGAAUAGAGAUCUGCAUAACGUUCCCCACCGAAUACGUGAAGACGCAGCUGCAGCUGGACGAGAAGGGCGGACAGAAACGGUACAACGGCAUCGCGGAUUGCGUGAAGAAGACGGUGAAGAGGAACGGUUUCUUCGGAUUGUACAGAGGUUUGAGCGUCUUGGUCUACGGCUCGAUCCCGAAGAGCGCUGUCAGGUUCGGUACUUUCGAGGCGUUAAAGUCGCGGUUGGUGGGUGAUUCCGGCGAUUUCGGUGCUGGGAAGAAGUUGCUGUGCGGUCUGGGCGCCGGCGUCUGCGAGGCGAUAUUCGCCGUGACCCCCAUGGAGACCGUCAAGGUGAAGUUCAUCAAUGACCAGAGGUUGGCGAAGCCUCAGUUCAAGGGAUUCUUCCACGGGGUUGUGACGAUCGUGAAGGCGGAGGGAUUCGGCGGAGUGUACAAGGGUCUGUUCCCCACCAUCCUGAAGCAGGGCUCCAAUCAAGCGAUCCGGUUCUACACGAUGGAAACGAUGAAGGACCUGUACAAGGGCGGCGACAAGAACAAACCUGUGCCGAAGCCGCUGGUCGGACUGUUCGGUGCAAUCGCCGGGGCUGCAUCGGUGUUUGGCAACACCCCGCUGGACGUGGUGAAGACGCGCAUGCAGGGUCUGGAGGCGAGCAAGUACAAGAGCACCGUGGACUGCGCCGUCCAGAUCUGGAAGCACGAAGGUCCGUUCGCCUUCUACAAGGGCACGGUUCCCCGUCUGGGCAGGGUCUGCCUGGACGUGGCCAUCACCUUCAUGAUCUACGACAGCUUCAUGGAGCUGUUCAACAAAGUUUGGCCUUAAAAAUAAACAACAACAGCAACAACAACAAGAACAAGCAAACCCCACCCAGCACAGAGAGAGCAGACCGACCAUCCACUACGCGACACUCGCCAAGCUACAAGUAAAAAGUGCGUAGACAAAGCUUCGCGUAGCGGAUGGUAGUCGGAAAGCGCAAAAAUAAUCCAGGUACAUAUAUAUAUAUAAAAUCGCAACAUUCUGUUAUAAUAUUACAAUUUAUAUUAUAUUUUUUUUCAAUUAUUUUCUUUUACAUGCCAAAACUAUUAACGAUCACCGUUGUGCGUUGUUCAGUUUUGUUUUUUUCGGGGUAAACAUAUGUUAUUGCAAAGUAUUACCAAUAUUUAAUGAAAGGAAAAAGACGCAUUUAAUAAGAUAAUGAACGCCUCGAGUGUAUAAAGAGAGAGGCGCAACUGCCAAGAGAAAUAUUAAACUCAAAGUAUAAAAGUAUUUUUGCCUACUUCAUCAUAUUACCGUGUAUAUUCUGUGUAAAUAUAUAUAAAUAUAGAAUUUAAGCAAUUCAUAAUUAUGUUAUGUAAGAAAGAAAGUAAAAAGUUUGUUAUUGUUUGUUUGUUUUUUUGUACGGACACAAAUAUACACCGAAAUCGAA